AUGAGUGAAGAACAGCACAAAAAACAAGAAAUAGGGAUAAUACAAGAUAUAGAAGAAAAGAAAGAACAAGAAACAAAAAUAGGAGAAGAUAAAGAAGAGCAAGAAGAAGAAAAGAAAGUAAAAGACAUAGAAGAAAAGAAAGAGGAAUUUGAUAGAAAAGAAUAUUACAAGAAGAAAAACAGUGAAACCGUCAUUUGUCCAUUUAAUAAAGAACAUAUAAUAAAAAAAAGAAGAUAUUUAAGACAUAUUAAAGGAUGUCCAAAUAACCCAGCAAGAAAAUCAACAUAUGGGAAAAAAUAUAUAAUAGAAAAUAUUAAUCGACCAAUAAUUAAAGAAAGCAUUACAAAAGAAGUUGAGAUAAAACGACUACUUCCGUUUUUAGAAGAUAAAUUUAUUGAGAAAGGAAUUGAUAAUAAUAGAAAAGGAAGUGUAUUUAUUCGAUGUGAAUGUAAUAAAAUCAAACUUAGUCAAUUUGGAGAGGAAGAAAUUAAAAUAAUGAAAGAAAGAGUUAAAAUUAUUUAUGAAUAUAUGGAGAAAAAAUAUACGGAUAUUUUUAAAGGAAUAAGAAAUAAUAAAGGAGAAGAAGAAAUUGUUGAAGAGAAAGAAAUAGAAAAGAUUGAAAUGCCAGAAGGAUGGGAGUUUCAAUCUGAAAAACAUAGUAAACAAUGUAUAUCAAUACUAAAACAUUUAAUAGAUAAAGAAAUAAUAAUAAAUUCAGGAGAUAAGAAACAAAAUAUUGUAGAAAGUGGAGCAGGAAGUGGAAUGUUAUCAGCAUACUAUUCCAUACUUCCACAUUCCAAUAAUACAAGAAUAUAUCUUAUAGACAGAAUGACAGGAUUAAGAAAAAAAUAUGAUAGAUUUAGUAAAAGAACUGGAGACCAAAUAACAAGAAUUGCAGCAGAUUUAAGUGAUAUUGACAUUAAUGAAUUAAUUGAUGAAACAGAAAUUGACGAUCAAAUUAAAACACAAGAAAAUUCUACUACUAUUAUUGGGAAACAUUUAUGUGGAUCAGCUACUGAUAUGGCAUUAAGAAUGGGAAUUUCAUUAACAAAAACAAAAAGAUUACGAGGAAUAGGGAUUGCGUUAUGUUGUCAUUUUAAAGGAGAUGGACAUGACGAUUGUACUAUUGAUUUCUUUAAUGCAUUAGGUGUAAGAAUUGCUGAAUUAACUCUUAUUCAUCGGAUGGCUGCUUGGGGUGUUUCUUUAAAUGACUGUAAUGAUAAAAGUAAAGAUACUGAUAAUGAUAAAAAAGUAGUUGGUCAAAUGUGUCGAACCAUACUUAAUGUGGCUAGAGUUAUCUGGCUAAAAAAUCAACAAUUUAUUGGUGAUGCUGGACUUGUAAAAUAUUGUAAGAAAACAAGUUCAUUAGAAAAUGUAUUGUUAUGGGCAAAAUCAAAAUAUGAUUAA